ACAAUGAAUAUCUUCAAGUGCUGGAAACGAGACCUGUGGCUUCGAUAAAGCUUCUCUCUGAUAUUCCAGCGCCGAGAUGAUAUGUUCAUAGCCGAAUUUCGCCUGGUAGUCACGAACAGUGCCAACGCCGGCUGCGGGCGUAUCGUCCUGACCCCGCGCGCACUUCAGGUUUUUGACGUGCAGCUGGGAGACACUGUAGCCGUGGACGUUAGAGAGGGCAUUAGCGACGGCGUCUGUAGCAAGGACUGCGCUUGCAAAUGGACAUUUUUGGCGACUGUAGCCCCUACCCCGGCUCAGCCAGAUAUGCUGCACGAUGUGUCAGAUCAUUCAGCGACAGAUAUCAUGUUGCUCGACGCCAAAGUACUGUUAACUUGUGCAGGAGACUUGACACUGUUUGAAAAACAUGUCAGGCUCAAGUCUACUCUCACUGGAAGUCUUCGCUCCCUCCCUCACACCUUGGUUACGUGCGAGCACCUGAUAUUAUGUGCUCCAUCUUUCUCAAAACAGAGAGGAGGAUCGUUGCCCUUACGUCGAAUUCUGCAAGGCCUCGUGAUCACUGCUGACGCGACUAUACACAUUGCAGGGUCUAUCUCCAGAGGCGAAUUUAAGGUGUUAUCUGCCAGACCAAGAGUCCGCAUUCACGAGUCGUCGCUGACUGCCACACUGUAUUGGCUUAUUGCUCCAAAUACACAAAUCAAGCUAGUCGAAGUCCCAAGCUCCGGGCCAGCGGUUUCUAGAAACGUUCCUGACGAUCGCAAUUUAGCUCUUUCUCUUGUUGAGGAUAUAAAAGUUACACUACAUGAAUCGAUUGUAUGGCCAGUUCUUCACGCAAAGGACGCUACCAGCCUCGGAGUCAAGUUUCCUCGAGGAAUUUUGCUGCACGGACCACCUGGUGUCGGUAAGUCAUCUACUGUCCAGGCUGUGGCAGCCAAAGCGGGAGUCGCUGUGUAUGCGCUCAGUGCUAGUGACAUAUUCGGGCCUUAUGCUGGUGACUCAGAGGCCCGUUUACGAUCAGCAUUUAUGGCUGUUAAGAGAGGCACGGCUGAAGGCAACUUUACAUUGCUAAUGCUGGAUGAAAUCGAUGCGAUAUGUCCUUCACGUAGUAAUCCUAUAGACGGAGGGUUACAUAGCUCACGUGUUGUUGCGCAACUCCUUACCCUCCUAGAUGGUGCUUUAGACAAGGGAGAAACCGACGUGCAGCCCUCAGAAGGUGGGUCUGAACUUAAGCUCUCGAAAUGUGUAUUUAAUCGGCAGAUGCAGCGAACUCUGCGCCCUGUUGUUGUCGCGACAACAAAUCGUCCAAAUACUCUUGACGCCGCAUUGCGACGCCCUGGUCGCUUUGAUAUUGAAGUCGAGCUCGCACUACCAACUGAACAAGAACGCUUGAAGAUUCUGCAGCUACACUCGCAGCUCAUGUUUCUAGGUUCUGGUGCAGACCUCAAUAAAGUGGCAGUUUUGGCGAAGGGAUACUCAGGCGCAGACCUUGCGUGCCUCUGUAGAGAGGCAACCAUGUCCGCUUUCAGACGCUCAGCUGAAAUCAGACCUAAGCAUUCAGUUGUCACCCCUGUUGAGGGUCAUGAUUUUACUGCUGCGCUCGAUAGGAUUCAAGCCUCAGUUAUGCGCAACACAGUGACCGAGCUACCCCGGACCUCAUGGAACGCUAUUGGUGGAUUGGACAUUAUCAAAGAACGCUUAAAUAGAGCUGUGGUCUGGCCUCUCAAAUACUCACAUGCGUUUGUGCGCCUUGGUCUUUCUCCUCAUCGUGGCAUCUUGCUACAUGGACCCUCUGGCUGUGCGAAGACAACUUUGGCACGUGCCAUUGCAACAACAUCUGGUGCCACAGUGGUGGCACUCACCGCUGCUGACAUUUUUGAUAAGUACGUUGGCAUAGGUGAAAAAGUGAUUCGUGAUGCAUUUGAUCGUGCACGCCGUACCGCUCCUGCUAUUCUCAUUUUGGAUGAAGUCGACGGUAUGAUAGGUUCUCGUAGUACUGAUGGUGCUGAUACUCUUGCUGCACGGGUUCUCGCGGUGCUGCUGACGGAGAUGGAUGGUCUAGAAGCAGCUGGAAAAAAUGUGGUUAUCGUAGCAACCACGAAUCGACCUAGUGUCCUUGAUACUGCGUUGCUGCGACCUGGCCGGUUCGAUUUAGUUUUGUACACGCCUCCACUCGAUGUCCAUGGACGACAACACACGCUCAUGGUUCACGCGAAUGGAGUGCCUCUUGCUUCAGACGUUGAUUUUAAUGUCAUUGCUGCGCGUGCUGCACGUUUCACAGGGGCUGAACUGCAGGGACUGGUGCGAGAGGCAACUCUUUCAGCUUUGAGAGAAGACAUGAAGUCCCUGAAGGUGGGGCAAAGACACUUCAUGACUGCCCUUGCAGAGGUGAAGGCAUCGAUCAGUGAGACAGACUUGGUAAAGUGGGAAUCAUUUGAAUCUGGCCGAGCUGCUUACAAGCAGCAGCCAGUAACUGUGACUCCACCGACACAGUCCCGUUGUUAAAAGGAAAUAUGCAGGCACGAGUGUCGAAAUACUUUUACCUUCGGUGAAAGUUGAAAGACUUAGGAGCUAUUGAAUUUUCUCGAAGAGUCUAUUCUGGGAAUAACUGAGCUGCAAUGCCAACAUCUGUGGCUAAAAUCGAACAAAAUCUCUCUGCUGUUGCUGGAAGCUGACCUCUUAUCUCACUGUGAUCAUCAGAAACAAACACGGUUGGCAAGGGUGCGUCUGGUGUGAUACCUACUUUGUUAAUGUCCUUUCCAGCAGGGGUCUGGUACCGUGCCACUGUCACAGAUAUUGCUGAUCCAUCACUGAGAGGGACAACAGUCUGAAUUAGUCCCUUACCAAAAGUUGUCUCUCCUAGGAUCCGUGCACGAUUGUUAUCCCUGAGAGACCCCGCAAGAACUUCCGAUGCGGAGGCCGUGCCCCUGUCAACUAGCAAGGUGAGGGGUACGUUCGGGGCGAUUGCAGUGUUAUCAGCCUCAAAUACAUCUCGUACUCCACCACUAUCAGCAAUGUAAACAAUCACUCCAUCGUUCAUGAACAGUUUUGCAAUAUCGAGCGCAGCAGGGAAUAGUCCGCCAGAGUUAGAACGGAGGUCUAAUACAAAGGCAUCAGCACCACCUUGGACCCCUUGCAAUACGGCCUCUUUCAACUUAGUACCUGCAAGUUGGUUGAAAGUAGUCAAUUUUAUGUAACUCACUGCCUUCCCGGUCGCUUCUGUCGGCAUGCAAAGCAUCGACUGUACAGGCACGAGCGGGUAAGUCUGACGCAGC